CCUUUCGUUCUCCUUGGCAGAUCGUGGACCAUUGUCCCCGCUGAAAUCGGUGUUCUGAGUCCUCCUUCAAAGCACCAGCACAGGGCAGGCCAGGAACCCAGACAGUAAGGGGCGGCGCACCUAAUGCGCCUAAAACCGCCGCCUUCAUGACCGAGUCAUACGAUCCCGAUGAACGGUUGCAACCCACGCAUGUCGACUACCGACCAAAGGAGACCCCGCCGCCAUUCGACAUUGGAGAGCCAUCGCCCAAGGGCGAGGCUCCGAAUUUCGAUGUAGAGCCAACGGUUCCGGGCAGUUCCCGUAAGCUGCCGGAAUUCCACAAGCCCGAUACAAUCGAGGGCAACUCGGUGCUGAUCAGACAUUUAGAGCCCAAUCGACCUGACAUAGCCAUCUUCGAAAAUGACCAUCCGUUAAGUCGGGGCUUGGCCGUGGAGGAUACCUUCCCCUCGCCUCCCAAAUUCAAGAUCAGCCCGGACAAACCACCUCCGGAACUCGUGGCGAGACAAGCCCUCGGUCUGAUCAGCCCGAGUGAGCCGAAGGAGGAGGCCGGUCCCUCGGUGCCCCCCAGGAUUCCUCCAGCGCCCCCCAAGGAUCCAUUGCGACCGCCGAUCGCCGCGGAAGAACCUCCGCUGAAAGAAGAACAGCAGCCAACGCCGGUCAAUCUCCCCCUGCCGCUGUCUCAUCCGCUGAGGCCGGAGAGGAAACUGUCCGACCCGGACUCCCGGUUGAGCAAGUUGCUGAUCAACCCGUCGGAACCGGCGGCCCAGCUCCCUGCUCUUCACUCGUCAGCCACGGCGACCUCGGUGGAGCACAGCUUGCCCUCUCUUCAGACCGCGUUGGCUGCGGUGACCGAUAUGCCCCCCCAUGGCGGUCCAGGUCCGGGGCGUAUGAACGGCACGACUUUCGGCGCCCUGCCUCCAGUCUCGGCUGCGUCUCCCCCGGUGUCAAGGACCGACCCGGUCUGGGAACACCAACGCUUGGGCCAAUUUCCCCCGCCGUCGCAGGUGCCGCCCAGCCCCUACUCGCACUUGUCCCCGACCAGCUCGAAAGACAUCUCGGCCAUGUCGUCGCCCGCAUCACAACAGAAUUACUGGCGGCCGCCCAUCAAGGCGGACAUCGCGUAUCUUACCUCGAAUUAUGAGACCGUCCCUCCGACGGUCAAGAGCCCAGCCACCAGCUAUCCCACUCCCACCGACCAGACCCCCGGAUCGACCUGCGAUCGGCCGUAUAAUGCUCCCACACACUCGAAUGGAGCGGUGUCUGCCGGGUCGUAUAAGUGUCGCCACCCGGGCUGCACGGCAGCUCCCUUCCAAACACAAUAUCUGUUGAACUCCCAUGCGAAUGUCCACUCGCAGGAUCGUCCGCAUUUCUGCCCCAUUGAUGGCUGUCCUCGUGGCCCCGGUGGAAAGGGGUUCAAACGGAAGAACGAGAUGAUCCGACACGGUCUCGUUCACAACUCGCCCGGAUACGUAUGUCCCUUCUGCCCGGAUCAACAACACAAAUAUCCUCGACCGGACAAUCUCCAGCGACAUGUCAGGGUUCACCACGUCGAUAAGAGUCGUGACGACCCAGCCCUCCGGCAGGUCCUAGCCCAACGACCGGAGGGCAGUACGCGUGGUCGGCGCCGUCGGACCAGCGCCCACUAGGCCUUGCCCUUAUCUCAAUCACCUAUCCUAGCGAUACUAUGCUCCAAAAGUGCAGGUUACCAUUAUACGAUAUUGCAUUAGCGACAGCGUCCGCGUUGAUUUCAUCUUGGGGUCACGAAUUGGCUUUCUCAACC